AUGGCCGAUCGAGGAGAAGGCUAUAACGCCCGCCUGGGCGUGAACACGAACGAGAUCCCGACGGCGCAGCACCUGCCCAACGCGACGUCGGGCGCGGAACAAGACCGGUACGGCGGCUGGUUCGGCGGGCGCGCCGCCGAAAAGGCCGGCGAGGAGAUGGACCGGGUCGCCGAGAAGGUCAAGGAGAACAUGCCCCGUGGCUCCGGCGCCGAGCAGGACCGUUAUGGCGGCUGGUUUGGUGGCAAGGGCGAUGAAGCCACCGAGAAGCUCCGCCAGAACAUGCCCCGCGGUUCCGGCGCCGAGCAGGACCGCUACGAGCGCUGGUUCGGCGGCGACAAGGGCCCCUCCGGCGCCUGGGUUCGGGACCACCUGCCCGACGCCUCGGGUGCCGAGCAGGACCGCUACGGCGCUCACUGGGACGGUGCCGUUGACAAGUUCACCGACAAGAUCAAGGAGAAGUUCCCAGGUGGCGCUGCCGCCAAGGAGGAGCGCGUCGCCGGCUGGUUCGGCGACAAGGCUGACAAGGCCGGUCACAAGCUCGACGAGGCUGGUGACAAGAUCAGGGACAACCUCCCUCGUGUUCCCAGCCAGGAGCGCGUCGCCGGCUGGUUCGGCGACAAGGCCGACAAGGCCGGUCACAAACUCGACGAGGCUGGUGACAAGAUCAGGGACAACCUCCCUCGUGUUCCCAGCCAGGAGCGUGUUGCCGGCUGGUUCGGCGACAAGGCCGACAAGGCCGGCCGCAAGAUCGACCACGCCGCCGACAGCAUGCCCAGGGCUUCGGGAGCCGAGCAAGACCGCUACGCGUCCCACUUUGAGGACAAGGCCCCGUCGGCAGACCGCAUCUACAGCAGACUUCCCAGAGCGUCCGUUGCCGAACAGGAUCGGUACGCAUCCCACUUCAGCCUUCACCCGAGCAACCCCAUCAACACGGCGACGACGACGACGCUCGGCCUCGUCCAAAACGUCCUCCUCCCAUCCUUCGGCCUCCACGCCGGCCUCAGCACCGUCACGUACGCCGUCGCGCGGUACACCAACCGAGCCGAGGCCAAGGAUUGGCUGUGGCCUUCGGGCCAGGUCGCCAACGCCUGGUGGUCGGCCAUCGGCACGCGCGUGCUCUACGACGGCCUCUCCUUCUCGUCCGCCUGGAGCUCGCUCGGCUAUACCCAGAAGCUUCUCCUCACUGGCGUCAGCGCCUGGGGUCUCCGCCUCUUCUACCGCAUCGUCACCCGCAGCGCGAAGCGCGGCAAGGAUGACGCCCGCUACGUCGAGGCCAAGAAGGACCCCCAGUUCUGGGACAAGGCCUUCUUCACCAUGUUCCUCCCCGAGGCCGCGCUGCAGGCCCUCAUCUCGCUGCCCUUCACCCUGCCCUUCCGCGCCCCCCUCACGAGCGCCGCCGCCUCGCCCUUCACCCACUAUCCCGAGACCUUCCACAGCCUGGCCGUGUUCCUCUUCACCACCGGCUUCGCCCUCGAGACCCUCGCCGACACCCAGCUCGAGGACCACUCCCGCAAGAGCCAGCAGCUCAACCGCGAGGGCGUCUGGAGCAUCGUCCGCCACCCCAACUACCUCGGCGACGCCCUCUGCCAUCUCUCCUUCCCCGUCCUCCUCUAUAGCGCCGGCAUGAUGCACCCGCUCGCCGCCCUCGGCCCCGUCUUCAACUACGUAAUCCUCCGCUACCUCGGCGGCGACAAGCAGACCGAGGCCAGUCAGGAGGUGCGCUACACCAAGGAGAACCCGCUCAAGCUCCAGCAGCUGCGGGAGUACAAGCGCGACAAGAACAGCUUCUGGCCAAGUGUCGCUGAGUACGAUAACAAGUGGGUGUGGACCGUCGCCGCCGUCGGUGUCGCCGGCGCCGUUGUCGAGAGGGGCCUGCUGGCCUUCUUCCAGGGUUGA